AUGGCUCAAGGUUUCCUCACCGAAGAGAACGCGUUUGUGGCAGUCUCUAAUUAUAAGGCUGACAGAUAUUUCAUAAUGGAAUGGACGUAUACGGCGGUGUUCUACGCGUUUUCGUGUUUUGUUUUUUACCAUCUGAUCUACACAGAAAACAUAUUGAAACCGUACUUGGACAACCUGACCUUGGACAAUAUUAACUAUGUGCUGAUGACGUCGCUGUCCGUCCUCAUCGUUUUGUUAAAUCCGUUGUUGGCGAGUAGAGCACGUGAAAAGCGAGAAGAAUAUUUCAAACUCUGGCGAGAAUAUCAGAUUCAAUAUGAACAGUACACUGUUGCGGAAUUGGACCUAGGUUCGUCGAUUCUUAUCGUUAUGCUCAUUAUUGUUGGUGCGAUCGUAACAACGCUUGAGUUGGUCGCAAACUGCGCCUUAACAUCGCAAGUACAGCCCACUUACGUGUACGCUAAUUGGCUCAUUUAUUUUUAUACAAACCUUACGACCAUCCAGUGGGUCACGGACUGCCAUUUAUUGACCAUAGCCUCCGAGAUGUUGCUCGAUCAAUUAUUAGUACAGAUGACCACUGUGGCCACGUCUAACAGAGUCGACGGCGGCGGCGGCAAAGGGGUCGAAGCGCGCGUGUCCUGUUUCGUCGAACUUUGGCGAAAACUUUCGGACAUGUCCAGCGGACUGAUGUACACCGGUCGUGGUCUGUAUGAAUUCAAUUUCUUCGUUCAGUCGGUGAUCGUCGUGCAAGCUCUAUACGGUAUCGUCGCCCUGUACAUCGGUCGACAUCACUCAAUCGUACACUACUACGUAUACUUCCCAACUACCGCAUGGUCGAUUUUAAAUCUGGUCGUUCUGUGCGAGGCUGCGUAUUCGGUCACCAAUCAAGUAGGAUUCAAAACCAAUAUAGCAAUACAGUCGAUGGCUUGCAAUAAAUUCAGUUUAGAAACUCAAGAGCAGAUUUUCACGGCUUUGAAAACUAUCCAAUCCCACACACCUGUAAUAACUGUAAGUGGUUUUUUCACCAUGGAUCGAACAUACAUACUGAGUUAUCUCGGAGUAGCUGUAUCGUAUAUCAUUGUUCUGGCACAAUUUAAAAUUGGUACUUCUUAA